AUGAAUAGAAACGAUAUAGAGAAAUUAUUUCGUGAAUGCGAUCGAAAAGGAAAAGGAUAUCUUGACCGCGAAGAUAUUAAAGUAGCGUCAAUUCGACUGUACGGAUUAAAAAUGGAUAAAUAUAAAAUCGAGCGAUUACUCUCCAACAUUCCUGAUCGAGUUCAUCCAGGAUUAACACUGGAACAAUUUGUCGACUUUGUUCAUAGUUACAAGCAUCAGAUUGAUCAAGAAGAUGAAAAUCGUGAAACAUUUCUCAUAUUCGAUCGAACAUGUAAAGGUUUUCUAAACAAGGAUGAUUUUCUUCAUGCAUUUGAACGAAUGAAUAUCAAAAUGAAUCCGGAAGUAAUCGAUUCUGCUUUCAAGCAACUCGAUGUCGACGGUGACGGACGAGUCAGUUAUCGAGAUUUUGAUAUCAUGAUGAAUUAUGUUGCGAAUGAAUAA